AUGCCUCCCACGUCUGUUGCACCCGAUAGCUCCCCUCCCCAGGGCAACCCCCCUACUCCACUAUCCUCACACACUGCUGUCAAAAACUACGCUCCUCAAGUCAACGGACAUACCCUUCGAGUCGAAGGGGCAAGCGCUGCAGUUCCCACAAAGAGUAUUGUUGGUAGAGGACAUCAUAAGCAUCCCUUUCAGUACUCCCUGUCUCGAGGUGGCAGUCACGACCAAGAUUAUAAUCUACCUUCAAAGAGGUUAAAGACUCUCCAAACAACGUGGAAUUGUACUACUGAGCCCUCGUCUGAAGCCACACAAUAUCUCAAUCAGCGCAUGCUCGAGCUUUCACGCAUGACUCGUCGGGCAAUUGCCGCAAGAAUAAGAUACCAACGUCUUCGCUCCCGCGAACUGGACCAGAUAAAGUCCAUUCUUGAAGAUGAGACGGAGGUGUCCCAAUCCCAGCUGAAGGGGAUUGAUUUGCAAAUAGGCUCUAUACGUAACUUACUUCAGGAUCAGGGUGUGACGGUGGGGAGUCAAGGAUGGAACAUUUGGGCGCUGAAUGUCCUCACUGGCAGGAGAAUCAAGAGAAAUUUCCCCCUGCAGACAAACUCUGUUGAGGAUGACUCGAAGAUCCGAGAGAUCGCCGUCCUAUAUCGGUUCACGAUGGAUGAACCCACCAUCGCAGCUGUAAUCACCGUCUAUUGUGCUUAG